AUGGCCGCGGGACACGAAACGCCCGCUCUUGUCGAUCUUGAAAAAAGCUCGGAGACGAUGCCGACAAUGACUCCAUCGAAGCAGACUCUCAGGACCCUCCACCAAAAAGCUGGCUUGCCAAGCGUAGCGCCGGUUCCGAUCGAAGAGAGGACCGAUAGGAAUACUUUGCAACUAUUCACGCUGUGGCUCACUGCAAACUGCACUACCCUUCCAAUGACCACCGGCAUAUCCGGAACCUUGGUCUUUGGAUUAGAUCCUGCUGUUGCUUCAGCCGUCAUCACAUCGUGUCUCGCACUGGUGUCUUCCAUUGCAGCUAACUCGAAGAAUAGCUAUUACUUUGCCGUUGGCAUUGCGUUGCUACAAAUUGCCACGUUGAUCGGCUACACUAUCAUGACGUCUAUUGUCAGUGGACAUACUCUCACGGCUGUUUCCCAAGGCAAUCUCAGCUUGGCUGUUGGUAUCACAAUCAGUGUUGUCGGCGCACUGCCCAUCUCCUUCCUUGGCUACAAGUACUUGCAUUAUAUUGAUCAAUACCUGUGGGCUCCAUCUCUUGUUGCUCUCAUAACUUUGCCGGUAAAUCUCUUGACAUUUGCCGCUGCGUGUGCAAGUCUGUGUACUAGUUGGGCUCCUUUGGUCUCGGACUUCGUCGUCUAUAUUGACCCUUCCACCCCAAGAUUCAAAACCUUAUGCGUCUACGCAGGCUACAGCGUACCUUCAAUAUUGCUACUCAUUCUAGGUGCUGCUGCAGGUGCCGCUGUGCCAGCCAACCACGCUUGGGCUGAGGCGUACGGACUAUACUCCGUCGGCGGUAUCAUCAAUGCUAUGAACUCUCCCCUGGGCGGAUUUGGAAAGUUCUUGUCAGUCCUGCUAGCGUUCUCUGUGCUCGGCCUCACGGCGUGCACUCUAUAUUCACUCUCCAUUAGCUUUCAAUCCCUUCACCCGAUUCUCAGUCGUCUUCCCCGAUACCUGUACUCGGUUGUCAUUGUGGCGAUUAUUGUGCCCAUCUCGAUCGUCGCCAGCUCCAACUUCUACAACUCCCUAUCCAACUUCCUGAGCGUCGUUGGAUAUUGGACGGCUUAUUACAGUAGCAUUGCGCUUACUGAGCACUUCUGUUUCCGUCGUGGUCGGUAUUCUGCUUACAACGUCUCUAAUUGGGAUAAUCACAAGGCGCUCCCGCUUGGAUUCGCGGCCGUGGUAUCGCUUUGCUGCUCGUUUGGGCUGAUCGUCCCUUCUAUGGACACUGCCUGGUAUACUGGACCCAUUGCAUUACGGACCGGCGAUAUCGGCAUAGAACUUGGAAUUGCUGUCAGUUCACUCAUGUAUAUAGUGCUGAGACCCAUUGAAGCUCGAUGGGAAGAUCGGAAUAGGUCAUCUUCGUAG